GUGGGGAAGUGUUAAUUUCCUACUUCGCGAGGAUCACCUGAACGCAGCACAAUCCACAUGGUCAUACUGGCUCAAACCAGCAAGCUAGCAGAGCCGAGAGCGGAGGUGGAGCAGGUGUUUGCGUGUGCAGCGACCAAGAAGGCCAGUUAUGUUACAGACUGCUUUUUCUUGGUGAGAUGGAGACAUUUGAUGAGACAACUGUGUCACUCUUGCAAGCUGCAGAUAUUACCGAUGACAUAUUACCCUCAUUAACACGUGAAGACCUGAGGGAUCUUCUACCAGGGCCAGAGAACUUCCUAAAACGGAAGCGCAUUUGGGAAGCAGUGCAUCCAGAGGAGGUCUUAACUUUUCAAGUGGCCGUGAAACCUGCAGCGGACCAGAUGAGCCCACCCGGGACGUCAACACCAAAACAUGAGACUCCCAGAAAGAUUAUGAAGAUGAGCAGCCCAGACUAUGUUAUUUACACAGAUACAGAGUUGGACCAAGUUCGCAAGUACUAUUCUGAGAUGCAGCGUUGUGGCCGAGCACAUGAGUGCACCAUGUCCAAAGAGCUCAGGUGCCGCUUGGUCAGAAACACCAUGACAAGCAUGAUUUCGAUCCUGAGGGCCAAUGACAUGCAGGACAGGUGUGAUGCAAAGUAUCCCUCUCGUGAAGAAGUGUCUGCCAUGUCCAAACGGUUGGUUGAGUACUAUCCGAUGCUGCAAGAUAAGGACAGCACUAAGAAACCAUGGGAAGCAAUUUUCCGUCAACUGAUCAAAAUACUGCAGAAUGUCAAGUCAACUCAGCAUGUGAUGAUCCUAUCAACUCCCAGUCCCAGCCCAACUCUUCCUCCAAAGAAACGCAAACUAGCGUUCAAAACAGCCAUCCAGGACAACGGGUAUGAUGCUGAUUCAAGCGCAUCAACUGAGCUCACUGAGCCUCCUGAGGACACGCCCACAGACCAGGACAGUGAUGACAGCGCAGUGGCAGGCCAUGACUCCAGGAAAAUUCAAGCCAGACACUACAAAACACUUAAGGAGUUGUGGAAGAAAAUUAGACCAAACCAGGAUGAUGUGGCUCAUCUCUUGGAUCUUGAGUUUGAGUCAAGAAGAGCCUUUAUAGACUCAAGUUCACUCAAAGAAGAGGAUAGGACUGAAAAGAUCCUAGAUGCGUAUCCCUGCUUCAGAGACCACAAGCAUAUCGUGGAUGAACUGGGCCGAAUUUUAGAGGCAGACAAUAAGAACUUCACUGACCAGGUCAAAGCCAGAUGGGAAAGCUUUUGCCAAAAUGCGCUGUUCUUUGGAGUGUGGAACAAGUCACUGAAGCCACCAAGGGGUCUUGAUAAAUGUGGACAGUUCCUUGCUCUGUUGAAGGCACUUCCUUCAAUGUUUCCUUCCCCAGUUGCUCCACCCAAAAAGCUUGGAUCAGCAAGUGAGGCGCUGUUUCAUAUUCUUGAGCCAUCUGAGGACCCCAACGUGUUUCUCCAGAGACGACCCAUCACCAGUCCAGUCCUCCUGGUAGAAUCUACUAACUUCCUCCUGGCUGUUGGCACAGUGCCGCUGACCACCUUGCCUAAAGAAAUGAUCCAUGAGGCUCCUCUUAUCUUGCUGGGGUGCUACACCUUCCAUCUUACCUACCCCAAGUGUAUUUCUACUUUGUUGUCCAUCAUCCAGACAGAGGUACUGAAGGACAGUAUUCAUGAGCGUGACCUCACUCAUUCGUACAAAAAGGCAAUAGCUGAAUGGGAAGAAUUUAACAAGAAGUAGAGCCAGAAAUGCACAGGUUUGUCCCCUUACAAUUUUCACAGUCACCAAAUGUGAUUGCUGCUCAGUCUUUGAGAAAUAUGUUGAUGACAGAAAGUCUAUUGUUGUUUUAAUAUUUUUGGUAACCAGGUAUUGAAUGUGUGAUGACAUGAUGUCAGAGUAAAAAUUCUUAAAAGAUACGUGUGAUCACAUCUUUUUUGAAUCAGUGUGACAGCAAUGUUUGGUUAAUGUUUGCUUUUCCAAAAGGUCACAGUACAGGUCAUUUUGGUUGAAAGCUGUUCAUAAAUUUGUAGUCAUCUGCUCACACAGGAUUUGUUUAAAUUAAAAAGCUUGUUAAUAUUUGUAGCAGCAACAGAUUCAGAGUUGCCUUGUAUGUAAACCAUUCUAACUGUAUCCUUACCUGGUUUCAUGUUAAUAAAACCCUGUUUUUCAAGCA